AAUGAAAAGUGUGCGUGGGACUGAAACAAGGAAGGAUGGAUGGAUAGGUCUUUCCUUCAUUCCUCUUCUCCUUAGUUACCUAAUUUCCAAAAUGUCUGACGGUAAUGAUUUCCCCAGUGAACAUACUCAGGUCAGACUAAAUCCAGGAGGAUAAGAGAAUGCAGGAGAGAGUAGAAUAGAACAAUUGUGACUUAGAGUGAUGAGGAGUGACGGAUGAGAUGGAGAAAUAGAGAAAGGAGAAGCAGCUGGAAAAAAGAAGUUUGUCUCCUUAUUGCUCCAAAGCUCUUAAAGCCCCAAAUGUGUGGAGUGUAAAUGGCAUAGGAGAUAGAUAGAUGGAGAAGAGUGAGAGGUGGAGGGAGGCUGAAUUGUGUAGAAGAAAAGCUAGAAGGGAGAGAGAGUGAAAGGGAGAGGAGGAGGAGGAGGAGGGUUUGCGUUGGUGUGUUGGUUGGCAGAGAGAGCGCUUGUCAAAAAAACCUUCCUCUGACAGAAGGCAUGAUUCACAGUAGAGAGAGAGAGAGAGCGCAAUAGGGGAGAGAAAGAGGGGGAGAGAAAGGGAGACAAGCGUCAGAAAGAAGGCGAAAAACGGCAGAGAUAAAGAGAGCGAAACAACCGGGGCAGAGAUUCUGAUGGACAAUGAAAAUCAACAAACAAAGCCAGGAUAAGAGGAGAGGCUUUGACUGGAUUCAAUACUCCAUCCACUGCACUCGCUUUGUGUCUGACUAAGGCUCCCUGGAUAAAGACUUAAUUGGCCCUAAAAGGACGGCCAGAACAAUGAACACCCAGAAUAAAUACAAAUUCAGCCAUUCUUGGAAGAGAGUGGGCAAGAAGAUGAGAUAAGAACAGUAACCCUAUGGACUUAAAAACUGGACUUAUUUCAUCUCGUAUGUUUUCUUCAACAUCUUUUUGGAAUAAUUUGAUUUGGACAUUAUUUUGUUUAGAUUGUUUUAUGUCAUGAUAAAUGCCUAUAAACAGUAGUUUGUUUUUGUACUUUGAUCACAAGAUUGUCCUGACUUGUCAAUUAAGCAAGAAAAGAUUUUGAAUAUGACAUUUGACAUUUUUCAUCUUUGCCAUUGCCCCCUCAAAGCCAGCUGCAAUGCAUCUGGCAAAUUUUGAAUGUUAUUUCGCAAGCACAUUUUUUUUUCAAAAUCUGUGAAACUACCAAAUUCACAAUUCACUCUUCAAACUACAGUCGCGUCUCCCACCAACCCCUCCCACCAUCAGCCAUCCGACCAAUCAUGGGCAAGCCUCUUAGCCGUCCCGGGUGUUUUAGGAAGAGCUCCUGCUGCCUGGAGAAACCUGGGGAUGGGGGAGUGGGAGGGCGAGCUGGGGGACUCGAAGGAGGAUAUGGAGACGGCUACGUACCCCAACGAUCCAUCUACGAUACCAUGUGCAUCAAUCAACAGAUUGACAGCCAUCACCAUCACCCUGGAGGGUCCGUUAGGAGAGACAUUGGAGGUGAGGGGAGUUUUAGCUACUCUGCAAGCGGCUCCCUUAGGGUUAGCAGGUCUCCAGCUGACAUGUUUGAUCCGCAGCCACGCUCUCUAACUCCUAACCCCUCAUUUGUUCGACGACUAGAUGAAAGAGCCAUCUAUGAUUCGCUGAAGCUUGGUGCUCAAGAUGUCGAUGGUGUUGGCUGCCAUUCACCCGGAUGUUUCAACCGAUCAGUUUCUCCUUCCGUGUCAUCAUUCUCAGCACCUGGAGUGUCUUCUUCCUCAUCCAAGAAACAUCACCAUCAGCAACACCAUCAUCACCAUGGAGAAAGUACAAAGAGCAGAGAUGGCCGACAUUCCUGGAAGGUCUUGACACCUCCGAAACACUUGGAAUGUCUGGAGCUUACUACAAACGAAAUGAUAGACAGGGGAGGAGGGUAUCUGAACCCCGGGCAAUACCCGCCCCCCGGGGGCCAGUCCUCCUCUCUUACCUCCCCUCUCAUUUCCCCCUUCUCAGGCUCACCUCUCUCUUCGGGUUAUCAUACCCCGGUGUUUUUCUCCCCUGCCAAACCUCGCCCCAGUCAGUCUCAGAGUUUGCGAUGUUCACCUCCCCAAGUCACCCAGCCUAGGCAUUAUUCCCAAACACAGAGCCUUAGACUGUCACCACCCCAGGAGCUUCGACGAUCGCCCUACCGUGCUCCCCUGGUCCAAUUGUCUGCUCAUGAUCUCGAGCAGGACAUGAGGGAACGAGGAGGAGGAUGGGGCCGCAGUGAGCGAGAAAGGGAUUGGGAGAGGGAGAGAGAAAGAGAAAUGGAGCGAGGAUGGGCCCAGCGUGAAUGGGAAAGAGAGAGGGAGCGGGGGAGGCUGGAGAGGGAGAAGGCAAGAGAAAGGGAGAGGAGAGAAACAUCUACCUUUGGGACCUUUGGAUAUGGUCGACCCGUUCCACUGCGUUUAGACAGAGACUCUGUGUUUUUGGAGUCUGACCAGGUUCUAGACACAACACCCUUGUUGCUCCCCCACCCCUCACCAUCCCCCAAUAAUGCCCCCAGAAUGGGCACCGGGGCUGUUGGUAGGAAUAGAGCCGGGUCUAAGGUUGGCCCUGAAAGUGGAGGUGGAGGUCUGGUGUCAAAAUUUGACAAUGGGAAUGUGGGUUUGGUGUUAGUUGAUAGCAGAUCGGGGUGUGGGCCAAGGUUAAUAAGUGAUGUUGGAAUUGGAAACAUGUCAGAGGCUGAAAUCAGAGCUGGAAUACAAGAACACCACAGAGUUGAAAAUUGGAACAAAUAUGACAAUGGUUCCAGGACUAAAAAUGGAUCUGAAACAAGAAUGGGUUCCCAGAUGAAAACACGACCGGGGGGACGGGAUCUGGAAGGAAAAGUGCAGUCUGGUAUUGGGAUAGAAAAUACUCCUCCAAAUGUGAACAAGGAGGGACACAGGGGAGGAGCAAGAACUGGGGAAAGAAAUGUAAGGGGUGUGGCUAAGCCAGAAGCUUUUGAGACAAUACCUUCAACUGUGAACAACAAGGAGAACAGCAUGGAGCCUGGGGAUAAAGUUGAGGUUGGAGAUGAACCUGGUGCGGGGGUGAAGCCAGAGAUUGAGGCAGUGGUUGAGGCCAAAGCCAUCACAAAGCAGGUGGAGAACAGGACUGGAACAGAAGCAGGAGUUGAAGCUUCAGUUAAAAAUGAGGAUGGUUCCGGAGCACAGUCCAGAAUAGUUGAGACAGAAGUUAAGAUUGCUGCUAUUUCUGAGCCUAAAGUACUUGAGAUUGUUGAUGGUAAGGAAACGGAGACUAAAAGUAACACUAAGACUGUGGAUGUCAGUGAAACUCAGAACAGCAACAAGACUACAGAGAACACCCAGAUGAGUACUGUCACUGGGGGACAAACUGAUAUUGUCCCUGUAGAUCAGGCAGAGAAUAAGCCUUUGGACAUUGACAUAACUGAAUCUAGACAUGUAGAGAAAGGUUCCAGGUCCCACAAGUCCAAAUCAUCCAAGUCAAGCUCUAGAACUCGGCCUGGCACAGCGACAGGACUCAGACCAGGUGUGGUCAGCCCUCUACCAAGUAGAGCCUUUGCAGACCUUGAGUCAACAGGCCCCGCGGAGGGCAUCGAGUCCACCUGGCCUCGCCGAAUCAUGGUCAGAAAGAGGACUGUACGGCAGGGCGGGGCACUCCACAAUCUGCCCAUUCUCCCCCCACUCCCUUCUGUCCUCUCAGCAUUGGAGAAGAGACGCCCACAUGCCCACCUCCAGUCCCGUACAGGCCACUUUUCAGAGAACCCGCUAACAACCAUUAUGAAUGCUUCAAGUAUGGUGGGACGAUGCUCACUCAAAGAGCCCUCUCAUCCAGAAUUAGGACUGGGGGCCAGUGUUAUUGGCCGGGCUUCCCUGAGGGAGCAGAACCUGGAGCACUGGAGAAUCUGCAGAGAGCAGGAUGAACCCAGAAGAUCCAGGAGCAGGGAGAAGACUGAGAUGGAGGAGAGGGCGGGUAAGGAAGAAAAGCGAGACAAGACCAGGAGAGAAGAGAAAGACAUGGAGAAAGAUAGGGCUACCAUCAGUGAAGGCCUGGUUGAGGAAACAAAACGAGAAAUGUCUGAAACAAGGGUUGAAGUGAAGGUGCAAGAGGCUGGAAACAUAAUGCAAGAUGUGAAAAAGGCAAGAGAUGUAAAUAUGAUGGGGGGGGGAGUAGAGGUUAGAGGAAUGAAGACUAAGGAUGAAAUACAAGAGCGGCAUGUUGAAGACUUGGAAAGGGUGGUAGCUAAAACAAAAAAUGAAGAAAGCCAAGUGGAGGAGGAAGAAGGAGGUACAUUUGAGGAAGAAGGGGGUGUAGAGGUUUGGGACACUGUCCUUGAUAUGGUCAACACUUUGUGGGAGGAGGGCUGGGAGAAAGGGGAAGAGGGUGCAGUUGGCGAUGCAGAUUCUUUUUCGGGAUCCCUGCAGCGUUGGCCUCUCCUCCGACCGCCAAUUGGCUUUGGAGGCUCCCACCCCCCCUCAUCAGCAGCCUCGGAGCUCAGCCUGUUAGAGUUGGAAAGGAGAGCCAGGGAGCUGGACUCUGACCUGGAGCACCUAGACCUGUCUCAGCCCCACAGAGACCCUCAGGGUGCACACCAGUCCCUGCUGGAGCCACAGAUGGAGCGAGCCGACAUGUACCAAACACACCCUGGGCCGCAGAGGGAGAAAGCUGCUCCCACCACAGUGAGCAGAAGCCGGGUGACUUUAGAGCUCACAGCUACGGCCUCACCGGCACCAGACGCAGACAGACCUCCUGUUCACUGCUCAGCCCAUUCUGCUGGGACUUCCACUGUUGGCAUAAGCUCCACUAAGGAAGACAGCUCUCCAGACUCCAACCUCACGCUGGAGUCUGACUCCAGUGGCGUCUUCCUGUCCUUAUCCAACCAGAGCCAGGAGGAGGCCGGCUACGACAGCGACCAGCCCAUCAGCGGCUCUGACCUGGGCAGCAGCAGCACGUCGCUGGAGAAAGACGUGGACGAUGUGGGGCUGAAGGAGUGGGGGAGGGAGGAGAGUGCUGAGCUACAGUGGUGCUACCCGUCACUUCUCAACACACCUGCGCAAGAGGACGAAGGAAGUGAUGGCGGAAGAGAGGACAUUGGGUGUGGACAGACGGGGAGAGAUGGAGACAGAGGGAAGGAGGAGAGUGGGAAAAGGGUCGGUAAGAUAGGCACGGUUUCCAUCAUUAGGACCCAACUGGACCAAACAAACAUGGAGGCCUCCAUCGCCUUCAAUGCUACACAAAGGGAAGAGGCUCCACCCAGAAGAAAAGUGACCCUCAUGAGAAGUGACUUUCCUCUUCCCAUGUCUCCCACAAAACAACCAAUCAAAAACCUUCUUGAUCCCUAUCAGAAGCCAAUCAGAAGCUCAGGACUGGACUGCGGGGACAUAGAUCCCUUUGUCCAAUCGGACAGCUUCGUUUACCUCGCUGUGUCGGCAAGACCUGCCUCCCAGGGGGAAGUCGGCACAAUCGCAGAAGUCCCCACUCUUGGUAUAAAACAGGACAUUGCGCAGCUACAUUCAGAAAGCAUGAAAGCACAGAUGGACCAGUCAAGUACAGAAUGGAACGUCAAGCCGACUCGUCUCGGCCCUCACAAACCAGAGGAAGGAGACUUUCUGUGCACCGACAGCUUUGUCUACCUGGCUGCUCCAGCCUGCCACCUACUGGGCCCUACAGGAACCGCACCCUACAGUGGCAGGGAGUCCGACUCAGAGAGUUCGGGAUCCGGACCUGUUGAUAUGUCACUACUGGGUUGUGGCUCGGUGGCCGGGGACAGUGACUGGGACUCGGACCUGUCCGACUCCGACCCGAGCCGCUCCUCCAGGUUCUCUGCAGCUGGGAACAAAGCUUCUGGCGCGGUGCGAUCCAAGCGGAUGCUUGCUGAGCCGGGCUGGGACAUGUUUGGAGAAACCACUGAAGCCCAAGUGCUGACUGAGCUCUUCACGGAACAGGACAAAAACAACAACGGCAAAGCAAGGGAGGUCACUGGGGUCGGUGCAGGCCUGGAAGACACAGCAGCCGUUCCCGUGGCAACCCCACAUGUCACUACGCCGGUGAAACGGGCGACAUCAGCAGAGCAGUCGUCGACAGCAAAGAAGGUGACUUGGCAGUUUAGACCAGCCCAGAGGUCCGUCUGCACAGGAAGCAGGAAGGAUAAAGAGAGGGAAGUGACAUCUCUAUCACUGGCCGGGUUAACAGAACUGAGUGGCGGCGAGGCCCUUAGACCCUGCCCCUCAUCAUCAUCGUCUUCAUCCUCGUCAUCAUCUUCCUCGGGGUGAUUUGUGAAAGACAUGGGGCUUUUUCAUUUAGAUUUUCGAAGAGCUUCUUUGGAGGAGUCUUCUACCUGAAGCUGAGUUUUUUGCCGAGGGAUGAAGAAGAGAAGAAACAACUGUAACAACAAAAAUAUGUUGCCUGCUGCCUUUGCCUUCUUCUGCACAAAAGACUAGUUCAUUGUUGCAUUUUCUUACACUGGCCUCCACGUUGCGAUUGGUUUAACGUAAUUGUCUGAUUGUAUUUGAAUGAUUACCUGCUGAGUCACUGUCUGUUGACCACCCAGUGCUGACAGCUCUUGCCUCAUUACAAACUGGGAGUGUGUGGCAACAAUUCCUGGAAAAAUCCCAAACGAACACCACUUGGAAACUUUAGAAGUGAGAUCCAAAACCCGACCUUCAAUUAUCUCCACCUGAAAUCGAAUGGGAGCCCUGGAGACUAUGUUUGAGACUCAGGCAAAACAGACGCUUCAGGUUGAGCCACUGACACUUGGUAAGAUGUGCACUGUCAUUCUUAAGGGGUUUUGACGGCUUUUGACAACAAAUUUUGAAACACAGGGUUGAUAUAUUUUUAACACAUUCACAUUAUUCUCUAUCUAAAUAAGAAAUAUGAAUAGUUCCUUAAUUGUUUUUAUUCUAUUGAAUGUACUGCACAGAAUACACACAAAGACAAGGAAAUAUCCACCUUAAAACGUAGUUUAUCAAUGAGGCAUUCGAAAUGAUUUGAUUUUGUCAUCUGUAUUUAAAACAAAUAGUAAAAGGCAUGAAUUCAUAAACACAUACAAAAACAUUACAUUUGGAGAAAAGCAUUUCUGUGGGAGUCUACCAUUGCCUUAUCCAUUUAGAAAGAUCCAACAAUAUAAUGUGUCUCAGGCCUUGUAUCAAAUUACACUUCCGUCCCAAAUUAAUGCCUAAACCUCCCAAUUCAUCUAUACUUUAAAAGCCUUUAAAAAGGUUGAACUUUAAAGUUUACAAUGUAUUUUAUAAUCACAUACAUCUUUAAAGAGUAUUUAACAGCGUGUCAAUAAUAUAUUUUGAAACAUUGAGAUAAUUAAAGUGAUAAUUAUAUAUAUAUAUGAAAGGAUUUAGUAUUUAAUUAAGAUAAAUUGUUUUAUGAAUCAUUUUAAAAUGUGAAUGUAAUAAUUGAGCAAUAUGCUUACAGAUUAAUGCUAUAUUCUCUGUUUGAUAAGUGCAAAGUUUUGCCAGUGGUGUGUAUAGUAACGGCUGAGUUUUUUUGGUAUUUAUACAGCCAAAUUCUAGUUAAAAGCUCGUUUAGAGGUUCCACUUGUUGCAUUUUUAUUAUCCUUUUAUCAUCAGGUAGCUUAGUAAAAUGACCAUAAACAAUGUGACGGCAGUUUAGAUGAUUGAACGCCUUGGUUUCACGCCCGUGGUAUUUUUAGUGCAAGUGACUUCAUCCCCCAUAAUUCCCUUUGCAUAGUGUCUGAUCCUCGCCUCUGUGGCAUCUUUACUGAAGAGGAGGAACAUGCUGGAGAUAGGGGUUUUUUCUUCCUUAACAUUUGCUCUCACUUCCAUCCACCAUUUGUCACAGUGAGAAACGUUGGCAGAUUUAGAUGUGUUUGUGUGGAUAGGGAAGCAAUCGAGAGAGACUUUCCUCUAAAUCCUCGUCAGAUGUACAAAUAUAAAAUGCAGUGUGGAGGCUGGUCGGGCUGCCAAUCAUCUCAGCAGUGGAUUUGUUGUUGAGUCAUCAUGCUAAAAAUGUCACCAUGGUCACCGUCUACGGAUGUUUAUAAGGACACAUUUAGAAACUUUAAAAAACCUUUAAAAGAGUACAGUGCUAUUGCAAUUGGUAUCCUUUUGCAAAUGUGACAAAGGGAACGUUGCAGGCACACAAUAAUAAUUAUUGUCACAGAAUUUUACGGUUAUGAAAGACUGUGGAAAGAACACUGAUUCGGAUGCAGGUGUCGUUGUGCCAUUUGAAAUAUUCACUUUUGGACAGAGAGAGCUUUCCAUUUGAGUUAUGACCAAAUGCCACUGACCUUACUGGGGUCCAAUAUCUGUGGGGCAGGGGGGGUUGUUUAAUUUUUCCACAAAAUGCAAACUUUUGUCUGCCAUUGCUCCGCCACUACUUAAGCAGCAGGAUUAGUUGGUGCCUGCGGGUAUGUUGUAUGGAGAGAUUUACUAACCCAUCCAACAACUGGUUUAUCCUCAGCUGCUGCAUAAAAUGAAGUGGCAUCAAACACCUGCGUGUCCGGUUAUACAGUAAGCCAAUCAGAAUUGAGGAUUCUCACUGGCCACACUUUCGACUUUUAAAAUACAUUUUGGAUCUCAAAAUGAGUUGAUAAAGCAGACCUGCGUUAUGUGAUAUUCUACUUAAGUGAUACCAACAAAUCUGCAAAUCAAUCAAAUUACCAGAGACCUUUCAUCUACGGUACAUCUGGUACCUUUGGGGCUCUGGUUCAAUUUUUCGCUUUGUUUUGAAUUCAGUGUUACAUUUUGGGAACUGUUGGUUGACAUACUAACAUUUUAGAAGCAUGGUCCAAUGAGCUCUUACUUGGAAGUGGCCACAUGAGAGCAACACAGAGACACGCAGGGGGAGUAUUUGUGGAUCUCCUCCUUGUUGUUCCAUAUGAAGGGUUGCGUUGGAACUUGGCCGUAGAUCAAGUUUAGAGGAGCAGAGUUUGGGCCUGCAGCUCCACAGUUGGGUUGCCGGGCAGCUUCUCGGUGGGUCUCUGCCAGCUCUGGCAUCUCCGAGGCAUCAUGUAUGCAGAGCCGUGCUGUUUGGAAGCAGCACGGGGCCAUGGCAUGUAUAAAACUACGCUGCUUUUUAUGUCACUACCACAGUUUUCAUGACAAUGUUCACCAAGUAUAAUCUGUGCGGGAUUAUUUCUAUUAUGUAUUAAACAGUUGGCAAUAGGCUGCAUAGCACUUGGAAACCUGGCUUCUGUUGGAAUAAGGAGACAGUAUUCUCUAACCAUGCUGCUUUACAUGUCUGCUAGAUGGGAUGUUUCUCUUAGUAACUCAACUUUAAAGCUCACACAGUGGACCAAAGCUGUGUGUGUUAAUAAAAUAAUUUCUGCUCGCAGCUGUGGCAAGGCAUCUAGUUUCACUGUGAAAUCUUAUGGAUGCUAUACACCUUCACUGACUUUUGCUCAGGCCGUGCGUGUAAUACUUUGCUGUUCAUGUAAACGCUGAUCACUGUUAAGGCUUAGUGAUGAUUAAGAACUACGACCUGAGAGGACUUUUUAGUGGAUAAAGCUGAUUUAUGUGAAAUCUUAUUGUGUGCCGUAUUCCCAAGCCUUGUUGAAAUGCAUCAAUGUGCAAAUAAAGACUAAGCUUGAUGGUGGAAUGUGA